ACUUUCCAAGGUCAAAUUGACUUUCUAAUGGUCUGUUAAUUGUGUGUGUUAUGCAUACUUCAAUUACUUCAAAUAAGAUUUGAGAUGAUCUGGAGGGUCCUCCAACUAGGGCUCCCAGGAGUCCAAACCCAUCUUUCAGAAUGGAAUGACAAUUUAAGUCACUAUUUGGCAGCCUUGUCCAAAGUCCCGUGCUGGAAGAAUAGAAGAAGGGAUAUCAAUAUAUUCCCUGCUAAAUUAAUAUACCCGAUCACUUGACUGCAGCAGACAGCCUGCUGUGCACUAGACCUAUAUUUGGAAUACCUUUACCCUGAAUUUAGAUAUGCAAAGAUUGUGGGCUGAUGAAAGCCAUCACCAUGUUCUGAAUCCUAGCACAUGGUUAAUUCAAUACAGAAUUCCCAAGCUAAUGGUCAUUAGUUCUCUUUGCAAGCUUGCAGUGGAAGUUGCUCAAAUAGCAAAGUCUGUCUUUUUGUCAACCAGAAUACGGUAAAUUUGACUAUUAAGUAAUUCAGUUGAAUUCUAGUAUAUAUUUUCAGGAAUGAUAUUAUUCAGACUUGCACAGUUUUUCUUACAAUGAUACAGGGCCAACUGUCUUUUUCUCUCACCCCCAACCUGCCAAGUUUCACAUGCUUAACUGAAGGUGAUGGGUCAUUUCACUGAAUCCUGCAAAACUGCUAAAAUUCUAUGCUCAGAUUAAAGUUAAUGAUGUGUAGGGGGCUUGGGGGCUUCUUUUGGUGGUUUUUGUUUUUUGGGGAUUGUUUUGUUUUUGAAGUAGAACAGCUUCUACUGCAUGAAACUAAACAUUGAACUGCCUGCAAAAACUGGGGCUCCCAUGCUAGUUUCAGCAGAUGUAUUAUUGCAAAAUAGAUAUACUGGCUUUGGAAAAGCAUCUUGCUUUACAAUAGAACAAAUAGUUUGUUUCUGGGUGACUCUCCAUGUUUUGUGAAAUCUGGUGUGGCACAUGAUAUUUUCAUAUCCAUUUGAAGGUAUUAUAAGCAAUCUACUUUUUGUUAGACCAGAUACUAAUGUUUGUGUUAUUAGCUGGCAUAGUCACCACUGUAUGUGGGAAAACUAACCAGCCUUUAGGGGGAAAACAAAAACAAAAACAACGAAUCCAAAACAUUUUAUAACUUGUGUAUAUAUAUGUGUUAAGAAUUAACUCUUGUUAUAGUUCUGCAGUACUUAAAGGGCUAGCUGGUAGUCACCUUAGACUGUGCGUUUUUAAUAUAACUGAACAAUGGGAAAGCUGCUUAUAUAAGCCAGAAUUUUACUUCUGUCUUGGCAUUUAAGCUCUUUUUUGUUUUUUUUUGGCUGGUGCUCAUGUUUCACAGAUCGGGGAGGGGGAUGGUGGGACACACAGGGAGAAAAUUAAGCCGGUGAAGUCACCCUGUGAAACCUGCAACUGAGCUGAUCUCAGAACUGGCAAACUGCUUAUCCCUGGUUUGUUGAUGUAAUGUAUAAAAUUGCUUUUUUGCUUUUAACUGCCUUUACUUUCUGAGCUAGGGGCUGUCUUCAUUAACAGCAAAAGUGUUACUUUGUUGUAGAUGACAGAUAAGCCUCAUCACGGGAGAGUUACCUAGUCCGUCUACAAGUUCAAAAUGUAGAGAAGCCUCUCUACCGUGGGACUUUCCAUUGCUUUCAGUCCAUCAUAAAGCAAGAAUCUGCUUUUGGACUCUAUAAAGGUAUUGGGUCACCAAUGAUGGGACUUACAUUCAUUAACGCGCUUGUGUUCGGUGUACAAGGAAACACACUUCGUGCUCUUGGAAAAGACACUCCUUUAAACCAGUUCCUUGCAGGGUCAGCAGCAGGGGCUAUCCAGUGCAUCAUCUGCUGCCCCAUGGAGUUGGCAAAGACAAGAAUGCAGCUUCAAGGAACAGGAGAAUACAAACAGAAAACGAAGAACUACAAAAAUUCUCUGGACUGUUUGAUCAAAAUCUAUCAGAAGGAAGGGCUGAGGGGUAUCAACAGGGGCAUGGUCUCUACAUUCAUAAGAGAAACUCCAAGCUUUGGCUUUUACUUCCUGACCUAUGACUGCAUGACUAGGUAUUUAGGCUGUGAAGCUGAAGACAGUUAUGUUAUUCCCAAACUGCUGUUUUCUGGAGGAAUGUCGGGAAUUGUGUCCUGGCUCUCAACCUAUCCCAUGGAUGUGAUCAAAUCCCGACUCCAGGCCGACGGGGUCGGAGGCGUUACACAAUACAAGGGCAUUAUGGACUGUGUCAGAAAGAGUUACCAUGAAGAAGGCUGGAGGGUGUUCACAAGAGGUCUCACUUCCACACUGCUCCGUGCUUUUCCUGUCAAUGCAGCUACCUUUGCUACUGUCACUGUGUUCCUAAUGUACAUGAGGUCAGAAGACAACAUUCCUGAAUGUGAACCAGAUCCAGUAAUCCACCAGCCUUCCACUUUGCAGACUUAAUCUGUUUGUUCUCCUCGUUCAAACCCGGCUGGUUGGGUUUUGUUGAACGUGACGCUUGACCUGCACAAGUAGUGUAGAUGUAUGCUAUCGGUAUAAAGAAUUCCUAAAUGUCAAAUUAGGAUUUCAUCUCACUACUUGUAUAAGCAGUAUCUUGCCUUAUUCAGGACUCCAUAUCUAGUACUACUCCAGUAAGAAGGGGACCUGCCUUUAGAAAGUUACUGUUGUGGCUCCAGAAGAGGAUCUGGAGAACGCCGUAGUACCAGAAAUUAUGUUUUCUUCCACUCAUGUUCUGAAUGAAUGAGUUGAAUGUAGAAAUGUUUUCAUGAAAGAAAUACUCAUUUUGUAUGUGACAGGAGUUAAGUAUACUUAGGGUGAAGUAGGGGGAAUAAAUUAAAUGUUGGAGGCAUUUUGCAGGUAACCCCGAACUGUUUAAGACACAGACUAGCAUUCAGCUAGUCAUGUGUUUUACUUAUCCUCUGCUUUUAUACGUCAGUGGUUUUAGUAGCAACUUUGUUCAUACUAAUUUGCAAAAAAAAAAAAAUAUAAAAAGAGAAAAUAUUUGUAUUUAAGCUACUCCCUUACCUUUCAGCUUUGAAUAAAUAUCUUAAGCACAAAGUUAGCAUCUGCACUCAAAUGCACUUGUUCCUUUAAAUCUCAAGGCUUGUAAGGAUUUAGGGAAACUCAAAUCUAAUAAGAUUGAUGUUGUUUGCCUUCACCUCUGUUUCUCCUUUGGUGGGUGCAUGGACUGGAUUAAGUUAGCUCAGCCCGAACAGACUUUGUUCUCCAAAGUUAAUGCAACUUUGCACCACUUCUCCCAACAUGCCCCAUAGCAGCCAGUGAUGUACAGAUUUCAAAGUCCUGCCUGUGGUAUUGCACAAAAUGUUUGUGGGUGCAACGUUGGCUUAGCAGCUCCAAGUACCAUAGAAAUACAUAUUUAGAACUAGAGGUUUCAUAUCUUUUCAGAAAAUAGAGGUGUAAGUGUCUGAAAUGGUUGCUGUUCAAUACACUUGCAUUAUGAAUUGAAACAAUACUGAUUUUUAUGUAUUUAGUUACAGUGCUACUGGAAAGAGGACUGGAAAGGGUUUUGGAGAAUUUUCUUGUUACAUUAAUCUGCUGUGAUUUUUUUUUCCUUUUUUUAGCAGUCUGUUCAAGAAGGAUUGUAUUAGUCAAAGAGCUAUAAACAGUUAUUUAGAUUUGAAAAAAAACCCUACACAUAUUUGGCACAAAUAGCCAGAAGGAAGGAGUUUAUGUGUGUGAACAAUGUUUAAAAACAUAUCAAAGUAGUUCAGUAAGUGCAACUUGUUACACUUUUGGUUGGGACAAGUGCAAUAUGUGUUUAAUUUAUAUGAAUUUUCUAAAGAAACCUUAUUUCAUAGCAUUUUGCACUGUAACAAAAUAUGCUGGAGAAACCUGUCAAACUGGUAUGUCUCUUUAUACCUUGGAGGUAUGGUGGAUGUUCUAGUGCCUACUUGCACUGAGAUUCAAAUUGAAUGUUAAAUCUAUCUACUAAGCUGCAUAUGCACAACAACUCACAGCAAAGACCAUUUACACCUUUGUACAGUAGACUGUAAUUAUUGUAUAUAAAAUUGAGGGAAUAAAUUUUUUUAAAAUUUUUA